UGACCAGCUGUCCAGAUAGCUGUCUUUCCCAUUUAUAGAACUGCCCCAGUUUCUCUGCCCUACCUUCACUUGCAGCACUAAGUCUCAGCACAGUAGCUUGAAGCUGAAACCAUGAGGUGUCUUAUUAUCGCAGCCCUUGGUCUGGCUACUUUAGCCCUGGUUGAUGCCGAGGGAUGCCAGGGCCAUGAUACCAGCACCUGCAGGCAUGAAAGCUGCGACGCCCUCUCGACCUUGGCUUGUGUGAGGGGAACCUGCACGUGCCUGGUGUCCAGCUGUGGAACCCAUCCAGAGGGAUGCCAUACAACCGCCAAUCACUGCAGACACUAUGCUAGCCAACAUAACUGCCCAUGUGACCACUCCUGGCACUGCAUCGACAGCAGUUGCCAGUGCGGGUAUCCCAGCACCUAAAGGUAGACAUCUGGAUUCAGUACACGUGGUCCUCAGAGUGAUGGCGAUGUUUCACGUUCUUGGAGACAUCAUUCAUAAACUCAGUUCUACUGCC